AAAAGCACUCAUCAGAUUUCUGAUCCCCGCCAAAGGCUUUUACUUGCAUGAACAUCAUCACGGAACGGAUAUAUUUAGACAGAGUUAUCACUGCUCACUUGGAAACACCUGAGUCAGAGCCAAGGAAAACUUCUGCAUCUGUGUUUUUUGUUAUAGAGUGUUUUAUUUCCUUUUUCAAAUUCAGCUUCGCUCUUUGAAACCCAGGACACGGGCUGUUAAACAGGUUUAAAGCUGCUCUACUUUGGAUAUAAAGAAAUAUAAAUACAGUAAAAGAUUAAAAUGGGCUGCUUCACAUUUGUCAAAUUGAUGAUGGUCUUGUUCAACUUGCUUAUCUUUCUGGGGGGCCUGACCCUGCUGGCCAUGGGGAUCUGGGUGAGUGUGGAUGGGGGCUCCUUCCUGAAGCUGCUGGGGCCGUUCUCUGGCCAAGGCAUGCAAUUCGUCAAUGUGGGCUUUUUCUGCAUUGCCAUCGGGAUCGUGCUGGUGCUGCUGGGGCUACUGGGCUGCUGUGGGGCCCACAAGGAGAGCAAGUGUCUGCUGCUCACGUUCUUCUCUAUCAUCCUCAUCAUAUUCAUUGCUGAAGUGGCAGCAGGAGUCGUGGCUCUGGCCUACUCUUCAUUUGCUGAGGGGAUCCUCAGAGCGUGGGCAACCCCUGCUUUAAAGAACGACUAUGGCAGUGAUCCUGUGGUCACUAAGAUCUGGAACACCACCAUGUCAGAGCUGAAAUGCUGCGGUUUCACCAACUACACAGACUUUGUGGGCUCUAAGUUUGAAAAGGAGAAUGGAGGCAGUCUGCCGCCCAGCUGCUGCUGGACCAACAGCACCCCCUGCAGUGCAGACGAGGCUGAACGCAGCUCUGUGCAGGGCUGUUUUGAACACAUCCUGGAGACCCUCAAGGAGCAUGCUAACAUCGUGGGAGGAAUCGCAGCAGGAAUUGGAAUCUUAGAGAUUGCUGCCAUGACAGUGUCCAUGUACCUGUACUGCCACCUGGACAACAGAGUCAACUGAGAAAAAUCAACAUUAUUUAACAGUGUCAUGUUCAUGCUCUGUCACUGACAUAUUCUCUUGUCUUUGUGGUUUUCCUUUUCUUUCAGGGAAACAUUUAGUUUUACUAUGAAGUUGAGUUUAAGACGAGGAACCUCAUAAAUAAAUAAAUAUGUUUUAUGUGUAGUAGAAAUGUACUCAAAUUUACUUCCUGCCUUUAUAUGAACAUGAAGUGAAUAUAAGGUGUAAAUAUUUCAUAUCUGUCAAUAAAAUAUCUAUCUAAUAUCUAACAACUUUUACUAACUGCACUUGAUGAAUGCUCUUUGAAUUUCUUGUUUGUUUGUUUCCAGCAACAGCAGCUGUCUAAAAACACAUUGUCCACACCCCACUCAGCAGCAAACAGCAGGCAGACACAAUUACAGCUACAACCAGUGAAGAAAGUGGAGCAAGCUGUUCUCUCAGAAGUUGCUGGAGACCCAGAUUUUUUUGCUUCUCUGGGUCAUUUCUGGAUUCAUUCAGCAGUGAUGGCACCUGUUGUCAGUUUGCCACAGCUCUGACCCACACCUCCAAAACGAAUCACAAAGGGACGACAAAGAAAUGCAAAAUGACCAUAGAGACAACAAGACAGCAACAAACACACACACAAAAACCCAGGAGACCCACUGUCUCAUAAUCCACCCAUGAUUGAAAUGUCCUUAAGGCCACCAUUUAUGUUUUUUUCAGUGAUUAAAAAAGACGAUACAGCCUGACAUCAUUUAAAAACAAAUAUCAAGUUCCCUCUAUAUGAUAGGCUACGCAAGUGAGAGGGAGCGGCACAGCUAAGUGCAUCUUUUGUCCUGUAUAUUAUUCAUUAACGUUCCAUCUCCUGCCUGUGUGGCUUACACGCAUUGUGACACAGAGCUUAGUAAAUAUUGACCAAUCAAAGGUCUGACGGCAGACAGGAGGCGGGGCAUUGUUCAGCCAUGCAGGUUAUCAAUCGGUUCUGAAUUCGUGUUUUCAUCACAGAUCCUCCACCAGCACCCAGAGGCUUUAUUCAACUGGUCCUGUACAACAGGAGACCAAACUGCAGUGAGAGACAGUCAUGCAAAUGAAGCUUAUUUGAUUCUGAAAGGUCAACAAGAAGAGAGAGAGAGGGGAAAAAAACAAAAGCAUAACAACACAAAAACUACAGCUACUAAUACGUCUUGUGAUUUGCCAUGUUAUCUAUUAAAAAGCUCAGGAGGGCUGAACUUUCUUUGUUUUACAUAAUGAGAUCAUUUCUCAUUACCUUCUGUCAGGUUUUCCGUUUUGAAUACAGGGACAUAUUCUGUAUGCAUAAUUUGAGUAAGAACAACAAGGGAAUGACCAACAUAAUGUAGAAUUUACAGAGAGGAACUUCCUGUUCUUGAGCAACACUUUAACUAUUUCUUAAGAUUUUUUUUCCUAGAAUGUUAGGAGGUAAAUAGAUUGUGUUUGUUCACCAUGGUAGCUUGGAUGAUGAUCUGAUCAUAUUUUAAGACAAAUUCAUACAGAAAUGCAGAUAAUUCCAAAAGAUUCAGGUAUUUUUUUCUUGUCACACAGAGAGAGAGGGAAAGUGAGCAAGAAGACAAACCAUGUUCACUUUUCCAUCCAAUUAUAAACCUGUGAAGCAUUUAGAGUUAAAUCUGUCAUCAUCUCAGUCCCUCUCUAACACACACACAAAAUCAAUAUUCCAUCUACAUCACAGUCAUCAGCCUCUGAGCUCGGCUCAUCAGAAUGCUCAAUAGGUCAAAAAUGACAUUUAAAAGACAGCAAACACACACACACACACACACACCGAUAUGAUCCACUGACUUCUGACUGACAGGCACAAAUGACCAAGUUUAGAGCUGGUGAUGACGGACAAGUGUGUGUGUGUGUGUGUGUGUGUGUGUAGACAGUGGAACAAAUGCCCCAUGUGAAAUAAACAGUAACACACACAAAUACCAUUACUGCAUUCAGCCGGUCAUGAGUAAAACAGAGCUGAACAUCCAUCUUAAUUAGACUGGAUGCAAAUGUUUGGCUAACACAUAACACAGACUCCCCAGGCACUAUAAAAGAUGGAUCCUCACCCAGACAGGUGUCCAUGCACCCUGAGCUGUUUUCAGUCAGUCUCUUUGAUUGAGCUGAGACCGUAAUCUCAGUUUAACUUGGCGGGGUGGACAGGUCGCCAGCCAAUCACAUUGACUGACACAUAGCGACAGACCAUUUACACAAACAUUCACACCUACAGGCAAUUUAGAGUCACCUAUUAACCUAAGCUGUAUGUCUUUGGACUGUGGUGGGAAACCAGAGCUGACACAGGAAGAACAUGCAAACAAACCCUGUAUUCCUUUGAUUUAUACAAUGUUAUUCUGACUGAUAGAUGACACCACAACUAUGAAUUUAAGACCUGAGAUGCGUUUUGUAAAGCUCUUUGAGUAGUCUAGGCCAGAUCACUCGGAUGACAUGCGGUUUGGGGAUGGAGGUUAUCAUAUACUGAACAGACUCAACAAAUCAAGUGUCAAGUUUUAACCUGGUAAAUAAAAAACCCUGAACAAUAAAACAUUCGUUAAACUGUGACAUACAGGCUGCACGUAGCUUAUGAGGCCUCUGUACUGAGAGGACCUGGGCUCAGGUAAAGGCAGUACCACUGUUAACACAAAUCAAAUUGAAUCUAUACGUCACUGUAAUGGUGAACAUGCAGUCAUUUGAAAGACCAGCAAUUUAAAGCAACAUUAUCUGCUCCCUGAACACCUGUUGCUCUGUGUAACAGGUACAAUCUCUAACUGAGUGAUAAUCAGCAGCUUAAACUGCUGGAAUCAGAGCCAGCAGGUUCCAGAGUAAAGCUGAACUGUAGAUCAGUUAAACAGACUUAGAAGUCAUUAAAAACCAGAGUUCAUCUCUCAUAUCCAGUCAGGCAUAGGCUUUAUUUUCUGUGCAAAACCACGUAGGUGCUCAUACUCUGAGCCCAACAGAAUUAAUUAGCACUUGUGGCUGCAGAGAUGAUAUGAGCUGAUGAUAUAAUGCCGGCUGUGACAGAUUUCUCAUCUCAAGCAAGUUUCUAGUAGUGUAAAGUCUCUGCAGAGUGUGGCAAAGGGGAAAAAAGACCUCACUGGUUUAAAAAGAUUCCAAAUGUAAUUUUUUCCCAUUAAUUGGGCUUUAAAGAUGCUCUGGAUUAAUUUCAAAAUUCCAUUUCUUACUUAUUACAUCACAAAUUAUGAAAGUCAGAACUCAGAGGACAGGAAGCCACAUUUGUCCUUGGUCAACCGUAGCGGCUGCAGAAAUCCACCCACCCUGAGGAUUUGCAUACAUUUCCCUCGCUGUCUGCAUUUCCUCUCACCGUUGCUUUGCCUGAUGCUCCCCUGGGAAAUCUGCAGGCAGCACAAGGCUACACAAGUACAAAAAUCUGAGCUAAGAAUAACAAUAGCCUCAAGUUUAUUCCAUGAAUAAUAUGCAGUAAUAAUAAAUCCCUCUGAUAUGAAUUAUUUAAACAUACAGUACAGCCUCAAAAGAGAAUGAAGCAGUAUGAAACCUCUGUAAAAAACAUCUUUAUUCAUUUCCAUGAUAAAAGUUAAAGGAACUCUCACAUCAAACUGCAUCUUUAACUGUCCACAGAUCCUCAUUGUCACUCAUACAAGGUACCUCCCAGUAUUUUCCAAAUUAUGUCAAAGCUUUCAACAAAAUCAUCUGUAUUGCUGAGGAGACAAUGAUUCAGUUUGACCCUCUGGAUCUGACAGAGAGAAGGACACAUACCACUACAGAAA